ACAACAGAAAGGCGUCCGUGGUGUUCGGUUCGCGAGUCGCGCAUCUGCAUCAACAUUAGUUGAAUAUAAAUUAAUUAAAUUAAUUCGAUACAAGAUAUAGCUUAUGUUAAUAGCAUAGCAGUAUAUAAAAACCGCGCCGCAAUGAUUAAUUGAAAUACUAGCCGCUACAGUGGCAGCCGUGCAGCAGCGACUGCGGCAAAGUGUCGAAAGUGGAGAGAGAAAAAGUCUCAAAAAAAAAAAAACACCGAAAAUCUUUAACAAGUUUUUUUGUUUGUAGAUGCGCGAGUGCUGAAAAUUGCGUUAAAAGAAAGCUGCGCUAUUGCCUGAGUAGCAAUUGAGUUGCAAAAUAUGAUCAACAAAAUACGAGCAGUUAAUUUUGAAGUUGUACUUGUGUUGUGAGUGUGAGUGUGUGUGUGCCUGUGUCUGCGUUUGCGUGCGUGCAUUUGUGUGCGUUUGUGCCUGCGUGUAAGUGAAAUAAAAGCAAUUGUAAAUGAGUGCGCAAAGAAGUUGUGAAGUGGCGGCAGCGACAGCCAAGCCCAAAACUUCAGUGAAGCAUUGCGAGAGGGAAGAACGCCACAAAUAUUAAAACAAAGUGCAAAUGACGACAGCGUCAAACACGUUGGCAAAUUAAAUACGACUAAAAACGAAAACAAGAAAAGAGCCGAAAAACAUAAAUACCGAAGUGAACAACGGUUUGCAGUUCCAGGUGGUCAGCAAAGAGCAGCAGCAACACACUCACAGACACACACACCCGCACAGGGAGCGGCAACAACAGCAGCAGUGGGCGACAACGUCAACGUUAACGUCGCGCAAUGACCGAGGAAUUGAAAGUGGUGCUGCGUCGCAGUCGCAGUGAGCAGCAUUCCGGUUUCGGGUUUUCGCUGCUCGGCACAACUGGACCGCCGCAUGUCAUCUACGACAUUGUUGAGAAUUCGCCGGCCGCCGACUGCGGUGCGGUCGAAGCGGGCGACGUUAUAUUGAAAGUCAAUGGCAUCGAUGUACAUCGGCACACCACGAAGGAAGUGCUCAAGUGUUUACGCCUGUCGGAGAACUUAGUAACCUUGGAGCUUAAACGAGAUCCCAAGCUGAAAGCACGCAUUAAAGAGCAGUUGGCCAAUACGCAGAGUCCGCAUUACGUGGACAUUGAAUCUCCCAUCAAUAUCUAUGAUUAUAGCAGCAGUCCAAACGCCGCUUCGCCCAAGAAUCAGCGCCAGAAUCAGAAUCAGUAUCAGAAGGGGACAACCCCGCCCACAAAUGCUAGUUCGCCGGCGCUGCGGUACAAGUCGCCCACGCAUUUGCCAUCGCUGCGCCAGAAUUCUCCGACAGCAACAGCGAUAACAUCAAUUGCUGCAGCAUCCACAACUACCACAAUACACACGCACAGCCGCAACUCUUCCGCCAGCUCGACCAAGAUACAAAUGGUAGAAUCCACAACGAUUACAACGAGCAUUAGCAACAGCAAUAUUGCAACAUCACCCACGGCAGCAGGGAGCGGUGCCACCUCGCCGACUUUUCGACCGUCACGCAUUCCACAGGCCCUGAAAAGUGUCGCCUCCAAACCAGUGCCACAAGUGCAGUCGCCACAGCACAAGCGACCACGCCCCUCUCAAAUACCAACGAAGGCAGCUAACGGCAACGGCAACGGUCUUCAGCCACUGCAGCACUCGAACAGUUACAGCGGCAGUCCAGCCGUAACCCGGCAGCGCCACGUGGAACGCGAGCCUGAGCCGGAACCCAAUUCGGCUCCGCCGCAGCCGGCUAAGGCGCCGCGCUUUGAGGCUUAUAUGAUGACAGGUGAUCUAAUAUUGAAUCUAUCAAGAACACCCCAAUCGAGUAAUUUAAUAACGACGCAAGCCAAGAAGGUGGACAGUCUGCGAGACUUCCCGAAGCGCAAUGUGGUUAAUGCACGUGCCAAUGGCGCCCUAGCACCGCGGGCAUCCGGUGAAUCUUCGCCCACAUCUUCGUCGUCAGUGGACUCGCCCACCAAUACGGCCAGCUCGGAUUCCAUGAAACGUGAGGCUAAGCUGCAGCGUGGUCAGCAGCAACAACACCAGCAACAGCAGCAGCAACAACAAGAACAACAAGAACAACAACAACAACAGCAGCAGCAGCAGCGCGAUAGCAUAAAUAACAGCUAUAAUCGUCGGGAUUCGCUGACCAACGAUACAUUGCUAAUGUGUGAGGAGCUGGAGCGUGAUGAUGAUGCCACCACAGACUACGGUGACAAUAAGCGUCAGCAGCAACGUCAGCAGCAGCAACAACAGCAGCGCUAUCGACAGCAGCAGCAGCAACAACAACAGCAGCAACAGCGCUAUGAGUACUACCAAAACGAAGAUGAGCUGGAGGCGGAUCAGGAAGAACGCGAAGAGGAUCAAACCCAUUAUGACAUCACAAACAUCGAAACGUAUCAAAGUGGUUUAGGUCGUGGUGACGAGGAUGAUAGCGAUCGUCAAUGUCUGGUUGACGACGAUGAUGAUGAUGAUUACGAUGAGGAGGACAAUGAUGCCGGCGAUGAGGAAUACUCCACAAAUUCACUGGGGUCGGGCACCGGCUCAACCAAGCAACGCAUGCGGGCACUCAAGCAGCGCAGUGUGAUGCGGCAACAGAUGCAGCGUAAUCGAGAUGCUGUUGAUUGUGCUGCACGUGUAACGGCUGGUCACUCUGCCUCCACAUCCAACUCGUCUGGGACGGUUAAAAGUGAGGCUGUUCUAGGCCUUGGCCAGGACGAGACUUCCUUCUCUGUACCAACUUCGCCAAUUUCGCUGUCGGCUCCAUUGAUCGAUAAGGAGACGGCCAGCUCGGUGCCCACCAGUCCGGAGCCCAGCUCCCUGGCGGCCGAGUCGAGCAACAACGGCGCUGGCGUUGUGGUGCGCCGCCACAAUGGACAUGUGGUGCGUAAGUGUGAUGCUGCAGGUUUUCGCACCAGCAAAUCUGAGGAUCAUCUGCAGCAGGUACAGCGCGAAGGCAUUGCGGCUGUGAUACCCAUUGAUAUCGACGAAGAUGUGAAUAGCUCGCUGAAUACGUUGCUGGAUACGCGCCACGACUCGGAGGAUUCGCAGGCAUCGAAUCGCGAUCGUAUCGUGUGGACUUACAAUGCCCCACUGCAGCCGCAUCAGUUGCAGCAGCUGCAGCAGCAGCAGCAACAACAAUUGCAUCAGCAACAACAGCAGCAACAACAGCAACAACAACAACAACAACAACAACAACAACAACAGCAGCAGCAAUACUACGGUCAGCAAUCGAAUUCAAAUUCCCAUUCAAGUUCCAUUAGCUCAUCGCCACAGAAUUCGGCAGCCGGCAGUCCGGCCUCGCCCACGUCGGUGUCCUCGUCCGUUAUGUCGUCUUCAGGCUCAAAGAGCGCACAGCAACAGCAAUUACAACAACAGCAACAGCAGCGCGAUCAGUCACCUGUUGCCAUGCCGGGUCUGUUGGGCUGCCCCAAUGGUGGUGCUGCUAAUGGUGCUAAUGGUGGUGGUGGUGGUGGUGGUGGUGGUUUUGGCAACGAUCAGAGCGUCUCAGAGGCCAUUUCAAAUAUCUCUAGUCCAGAUUAUCAAGACGACGAUAAUUUAUUAAGUUCUCGCGAUAUUUUAGGCGGCAUGGUACUUAGCGAUCCCAGCGAUUCGGACUCCACCAUUCUUGUCUCCGAUGCGGCGGCCCAGCAACGGCAGCAACAGCAGCAGCUGAAGCAACAGCUGCGCGCCCAGCAACAGCAGCGGGAACGUGAACGCGAACGCGAUCGUGAUCCGUCCGAGCACAAGCUGGUCAUACAGGUGCGUGGCAUGGAUAACAGCAACAACACCACCAGCAACGCAAAUCGAUCCGACGAGGAUGGCAACACGCAAACGGAGGAGCCGUCCUCAACGGUUGGGGCCCGGGAUGGCUCGCCGCCCGUUUCGGAUGAUGGCAGUGAUGUGGAGUCGCUGCAUUCAUAUCACUACUCGCCGAAGGCCGUGGAUAUGCCCUCGGCCAUACGCCUGGCCAAAAGACUGUACUCUCUCGACGGUUUCAAGAAGAGCGACGUAUCGCGGCAUCUCAGCAAAAACAAUGACUUUAGCCGCGCUGUGGCCGACGAGUAUUUGAAGCAUUUUAAUUUUGAAAAGAAAUCUCUGGAUCUGGCGCUGCGCGAAUUUCUGCAGCAAUUCUCACUGUCCGGCGAGACACAGGAGCGUGAACGUGUGCUGGUACAUUUCUCAAAGCGUUUCCUGGACUGCAAUCCCGGCACCUUCAACUCUCAGGAUGCUGUACACACGUUAACAUGCGCCAUUAUGCUGCUGAACACGGAUCUGCAUGGCCAGAAUAUCAGUCGCAAAAUGAGCUGUGCUGAAUUUGUGGACAAUUUGGCCGAUCUCAAUGAUGGCGAGAACUUUCCUAAGGAUGUGCUAAAGUAUUUAUAUCACGCCAUCAAAACGAAGCCGCUGGAAUGGGCGCUGGACGAUGAGACGGGCGAUCAACAGCAACAGCAGCGGGCAACCAACAAUAGCGGGCUGACGGGAGUCAGCCAGAAUCCGUUCCUAGAUGCACCCGAAUCGGCUACGGCAGUGGAAUACAAAAAGGGCUAUGUGAUGCGCAAAUGCUGUUAUGAUACCAGCUUUAAGAAAACUCCCUUUGGCAAACGCUCGUGGAAAAUGUUUUUCAUAACGUUGCGCGAUCUUGUUUUAUAUCUGCACAAGGACGAACACGGCUUUCGAAAGAGUCAAAUGUCCGACAAUCUGCAUAAUGCUAUACGCAUACAUCACGCACUGGCCACUAUGGCCAACGAUUACACUAAGAAGCAACAUGUGUUCCGGCUGCAAACAGCCGAUCAGGCCGAGUAUCUAUUCCAGACGAGCGACUCGAAGGAACUGCACUCCUGGGUGGAGACCAUUAACUAUGUGUGCGCAGCGUUUUCGGCGCCGCCUCUAGAAGGUGGUGUGGGCAGCCAAAAACGUUUUCAGCGUCCGCUGUUGCCCAGCGCACAAACUAAACUGUCGAUGAAGGAACAGCUUGAGUCGCAUGAGCUGCAAGUGACCCAGUUAAAGCACGAACUGAAGGAGCAUCAAAAGACGCCCGUGCCCAGCAAAGGCUUGCCACUGCAGAACUUUAAGGAGAAGGAGGCCUACUUACAAUAUGAGCUACGUCGCUACGAGGCUUAUGUAAGCAUUUUAAACGCCAAGAUGUUGGCCGAACAGCAGCCAAUGGAGUUGCAUUGUCAGCUGACAACACAACCAACGCUCGAGGAGGAUGCGGAACCAUUCCCCAUGGGCUCGGUCAACAUGCCCACAACGCCGCAAAGUAUUAAUACUCAACAGCAGUCGCCWCAGUCACAGCAGCAGCAGCAGCAGCCUCAGCAGUCGACCAACAGCAGAUGGUUCGACGAUGGCGCCUGCUGUUGUCUGGCGCCCUGGCUGCAAUUGUUCUCCUAUUUCAAAAGUCACUAAAAAUGCAAUAUUUAACACACUUUUCGCUUAGCGAUGACACAAAAGCAACAAAGACAACAGCUACAACAACAACAAUCACAAGCAUCAAUUGCACAUUGGAGUCAAGCAACAAGAACAGCAAGAACAACUUUAGGAACAAACAACAAGCAAAAGCAAUAUUCAAUAGAUAUUCAGACCUAACAAUGUCUUGCCCCAAAUGUGAGCAAAUGAGUCAAAUGCAAAAUUAUUAUGUUCAACUUUCUUGUCAACUGUCCAUUU